AGCGGAAGUGACGUUAUCACGUUACGUUUGUGUUCCACUGUGAGGAUGGAAGGCCUAUGACGACUGGAGACCCGGAGAGUGAACGGGACGACCGACAAAAUCCGUGUCCAUCUUCGUAGCAGGAAGCAAAAAUGAACAUGAAAUCUAGAAGAUCAUAAUAUACAGACUCUAAGCUUCCGUUCGGGGCUGAUAUUGUGGAGGUUUAUUCGCCAGUGCGUUAAAAAAGUGAUGGUGAAAACUGAAGUCCGACGAAAGGAUCCGGAUUCAUCUCAGGGAUUCUGGACGGUUGGAGUGGCGUAAAGUUAGAGUUAAAAAGCUGGAUUGUAGGUGUUUCUGGUUAAAGUUAGUUAGUCAGUGAGGUGUUUUUGUACUUGGUUUGCGAUUUGUUAAGUAAAAGAGCCAUCCUGCUAGUUAGUAGGUACUUGUCAUCAUAGCCAUGGAUCUUCGAGUUGGAAACAGAUACAGACUGGGCAGGAAAAUUGGAAGUGGAUCUUUCGGUGACAUUUAUUUGGGCACUGACAUUUCAGUUAGGGAGGAAGUGGCCAUCAAGCUAGAAUGUGUAAAGACUAAGCAUCCUCAGCUUCAUAUCGAAAGCAAGAUCUACAAGAUGAUGCAGGGAGGAGUUGGUAUCCCUACCAUAAAGUGGUGUGGUGCAGAGGGGGACUAUAAUGUGAUGGUCAUGGAGCUGCUGGGACCAAGUCUGGAAGAUCUUUUCAACUUUUGCUCCAGGAAAUUCAGCCUUAAGACUGUUUUACUUCUUGCUGAUCAGAUGAUCAGCCGCAUAGAGUACAUCCAUUCAAAGAACUUUAUUCACAGAGAUGUAAAGCCUGAUAAUUUCCUUAUGGGACUGGGGAAGAAAGGGAACCUGGUCUACAUCAUUGACUUUGGUUUAGCCAAGAAGUACAGAGAUGCUCGCACCCACCAGCACAUUCCUUACAGGGAGAACAAGAACCUGACUGGCACAGCCCGCUAUGCCUCCAUCAACACCCAUUUGGGCAUAGAGCAGUCUCGGCGGGAUGACCUGGAGUCUUUGGGAUAUGUUUUGAUGUAUUUUAACCUGGGUUCACUGCCAUGGCAGGGCCUCAAGGCUGCCACCAAGAGACAGAAAUACGAACGCAUCAGUGAGAAGAAAAUGUCCACCCCUAUUGAAGUGCUCUGCAAGGGCUACCCCUCCGAAUUUGCCACAUACCUCAACUUUUGCCGGUCAUUACGUUUUGAUGAUAAGCCUGACUACUCCUAUCUCAGGCAACUUUUCAGGAACCUGUUCCACAGACAGGGAUUUUCGUAUGACUAUGUCUUUGAUUGGAACAUGCUCAAAUUUGGUGCUAACCGUGCAGCAGAAGAGGCAGAAAGAGAGAGGCGAGACCGUGAGGAGAGGCUGAGACACAGCAGGAAUCCAGCUGCUAGUGGCAUCCCAUCAGCCUCUGGAAGACCCCGAGGCACACAAGAUGGUGCCCCACCUACACCUCUCACUCCCACCUCACACACAGCAAACACAUCGUCACCACGUCCAGUAACCGGUAUGGAUAGGGACCGUAAGGUGAGCAUGAGGCUUCAUCGUGGUGCUCCUGUUAACGUCUCUUCAUCAGACUUGACAGGACGACAAGACACCUCGCGCAUGUCCACCUCACAGAAUAGCAUUCCCUUCGAUCAUCACGGCAAAUAGCUGCUCAUCACGUCCUAGUGUGAAGGCGGCAGCACCUGUUUCAGAAUAAAUUUCCCAUCAGCCCCCAGUCUAGACCACAGAGUGCAGAGGAUGACCCAUGUGGCAGACGAAGCAACAAAGUGGGGCAGGCCAUGUCUCUCUAACCAACGAAACCAAAAUGGUUUAGAAUCAACUUGACCUCUUUAUGGGUCUCUAUCUUGCUCUUACUUUAUCUUCUACUGUCUCUUACUUUUUCACUUUGGUGUAUGUGCACUCAGACAGAGGAUUUUACAAUUAUACGUUGUCUAAGGAGAUUUUGGGACUAACAGACUGAAUCAACCAGCUAAACUCCACUGUUCUUUGAACUGGAGUCUCUCUUUAUUCUAGUACUUUCUCUGUACAUCCACACGGCUGCAUAACCCAUCAUUUGUUUUUUCUGAUAAGGUUUGUGUAUUUAACAGUUUUCUUGGUUCCAAUCAGUAUCUUGCCUAAAUCAUUCCCAUCUCCUAAAACUUUAUACAAGGCUCCCUAUUUAGAACUGCUGCCAUGCUUUUUAUUUUACCCAUUCUUUUAUUAUGUUUUGAUAAUGUAACUGGUGAGUGGUGCAGGAUGGGUUACUGUUGCAUGCUCAUGUUGUAUUUUAGUUUGAAGAGCGAAAGGGCCAAAUUGUCAGCAUUUCUAGCUCUUUAGAAAGAAAAAAACAAACACACAGCUUAUUGGAUGAUUUACUUAUCUUGGACUUUAGAUCAUACAUUUAACAGGCCCUGUGAAGCUCACCUGUUUUGAUUUAUUUUUUUUUGUAUGUCUCCCCCUUUCCUUCUUCUUUCUGACAUUUUCUAAGAUGUAUUACUGCCCCUUGCAUUGUUGCAGGUCUGUUCUGUUUCUAAGCUGUGAAAUCUGUAAUAUAUUUGUGUAAAUGUUUUCAUUUUUCAACUAACCGAGACUACGAACGACAUGCAAAUUACAUUAAAAGUAAAAUUACGGGUUUUUCCAUUUUUUUUCUGUCCCCCUUCUUAAUUCAACACCAAGCCAAUAAAAUGAAGUGCUGGACAUGGGAGGUAUUACCAACUCAUCUGUCUCUUGGGCUCUGCUGUUGACUGUUGCACAUCAUGCACGUAAGUCAUCAGUUGUUAAAACAAGUUGAGGCAUGAUUGCUGAACAUUUAAUAGAAAUGAACUGACUCCUCCACGUUAAAGUUGGAGUCAGUGAUAUGACGCUUUCCACAGCAGCCCAGCUGUCAAGGUUGAGUAUGGAGGCCUCUCUAAUGAACGCUACUGCACUGAUUUGGCUCUGCAGGUUGACCUGAAAGCUGAUGUAUUGUGUUUUACAGAAGGUGUGAUGUUCUGAGCUGCUUUAUUCAUGUCCUAAUGAAGACCAGUGUGUGGACUGGAGAAAGCUGCCCCCAGAACACCAUGCUCUUUGCUUUGAUGUGUGAUACAUGAUCAUGUACUAGCUCUAAUGUACCAUUCUGUUUGAAGGCGUGUGUGAGCCCUAAAUAAUGGGUUGGCAAAGUCCACUUACAUUUUGGGCUUCACAUUUUUGGUCUUGUCAUGCCAAUCUAUAAGCCCUACUACAGUUUGUAUCACUGUAUUUGUGCGCCACAUUUUUUGUACAUGUGUAAAUAAAUGAGUUACUUGUAUUUUAACUGCA